AUGAAUCAAAAUAAAUCUAAUGUAUUACUAAUUAAACAAGGUUUUAUACCCGGUCCAACUUUCUUUAAAAGUUCUUAUUUUAAUAAUAAUUUAACUAAUAGUGUUCGUUCAUCGUAUACAAUUUUAAAUGAUCGUUUUAAAUCGUCUGAUUUUUUAUUUUUUCCAUUAAAUCAAACAUUAUUUGUAUCAUUAUCAAACGAUUAUCCAAUAACAAUGGAAAAUAUCACAAAUAAUUCGACUAUUAUUAAUUCUCCGAUAUUACCAUCAUCUUUAAAAUUUAUUCCUCUAUUAAUUGGCAUUAUUCUCUUUACAAUUACAAUUUGGACAAUAAUCGGUAACAUUCUUGUUAUUUUAGCAUUUUUAUUUGAUAAACAAAUACGACAAGGUGGAAUGUCAAAUUAUUUAAUCAUUAAUUUAGCUGUUAGUGAUUUAUUAUUAGGUAUUGCUGUUUUACCACUUUCUGCUUCGUAUAGUACAUUGAAAUUAUGGUAUUUUGGACGAUUUUUAUGUGAAAUGUGGUUAGCUAUUGAUGUUUUAUGUUCAACAGCUUCCAUAUGGGGUCUAUUAAUGAUUGCAUGUGAUCGUUAUAUAGCCACUAAUCAUCCAAUUCGUUAUCGUCAUCAUCGUCAUUCGAUUCGUAUUGCUCUCAUUUAUGUUUUUGUUGCAUGGUUUGUCAGUAUUGCUAUUUCUCUAUUACCAGCACUCUUUUUUGAAAAAAAAACGACCGUUAAAUAUUCAGCUAGCGAAAAACAAUGUGAUUUAUAUAAAGAUUUAAAAUUUGUUGUUACAAGUUCUAUUUUAUCAUUUUAUUUUCCAUUGAUUAUUAUGAUAUUUCUUUAUGCAAAAGUUUUAUAUGCGAUUAGACAGCAAUCGACAAAAAUGAAUAGAAAACGUCAAACAUCAUCGUCAAUUAAGCAGAACAAUGUUAAAGAUACAGAAUAUCAAAAAACACAGACAUUAGCAAAAAAUCAAGAAAAUAAUAAUAACAAUGAUAUAAUUAUAGAAUAUCAACGAAAAACAAAUGAGACAACUUUAUCACAAAGUAAAAUAUUAGAUUCUACUUCAAAAUUGAAUUUUUGUCCACAAAUCACAAUUGGUAUUGAUGAUCAUCAAGAAUAUUAUCAAAAUAAUAAGCGUUCAAAUUAUUUUAAAUUAUUUACACGUCCUUCGAUGAAAUCGUUUAUGUUUUGUUGUUCGAGUCAAUCAUCUUUAAUAACUACUACAGCAGAUCAAGAACUCAUUCAAAAUGGUGAACAAUCUCCAUCUGGAAAUACACCAAAUCAUUAUUUUCGUUUACCACGUCGUGAUAGUGAUACACAACAUCAACAACGUCGACGUGAAAUGACACAAGAAGCACGUGUAACACGAUCAUUAGCCGUUGUUAUUGGUUGUUUUAUUUGUUGUUGGUUACCAUUUUUUACAUUGUAUAUUACACGAGCAGCAUGCAAUUGUCUUAGUUUUGAUGCUAUUGAAUUUUUUGUAUGGUUAGGAUAUUCAAAUUCAUCUUUGAAUCCAGUUCUUUAUGCAAUAUUGAACAAAAAUUUUCGUCUAGCAUUCAAAAAUAUUAUUAUGUCUAUACAAAAAUUAUGCUGUCGAUUUAAAGUUUCUUAUUAA